CGAUCUGAGCGCCUCGGGACGGCGCGGGGUCACUGUCUCCGCCUGCGUGCUUUUUUCAUAAUUCGGGUAACAUCGUGUGUGUCGUUUUGAUUUCUUUGCUAUUACGGCGCACCUGGUUAGAGGUAUGACAGGGGGGUGACUUUCUCCUUCUCUCCUCCUCUUUGCCCCGACGCUGUGAUCCUCUCGAGCACCUUACAGGUGUUUGCGCAUGGCGAGUAGCUCUGCUCCACCAUAUACUGGACCACCGCUGGAGUCCUCCAGUUACGCACAGCAGAAAGCCCACGCUCCUCAGCCAGCUCCUCGCACACACCUAAGCACUGUACAGAGUGGUCCCUAUAAUCACCAGCAGUCUCCUGGCCCUCAACACCACAGUCCUUUGCCCAUGGAGAACAUCCCUGAUCCACCAUAUCCUGGCCCACCUCUGGACUCUUGGUCCAGCAGUAACUUCACACCCUAUCCAUGUCCUCAGACACACCACAUCCCACCGGAGGGCAGUCCCUAUACUCACCUGCACCCUCCAGGUCCUCAACGCCAAAGUUCUUUGCCCACAGAGAGGAUGCCCAUGCGUACGUAUUCUGGCCCACCACUGGGGUUUGAUUCCACCGUUUCAGACCAAAAAGCCUUCAGCUACGCUCCCGCUCCGCACACACACUACAGAAGUGAAGGGGACUGCAAGGGAAGUCCCUGUACUCAUCUGCCCUCUCCUAAUCAUCAACACCCCUGCCAUUCGGAGCCAUCUGGAACAUACAGAGAGGGUGUUCCCUGUCAACACGCACAUUCAGACUGUAAGCCCACCUGCUGUCCUCAACCUGCAAAUCACAGCAUGAUGAAGCACAAGGACUUCCCUCACGCACAGCCCCAGAUGGAGCAUCAUUGUUGCUCCGAGAAGAGAACCACUGAUUACUUCAAGCACACUACGGAGUACAGGAAAACCAGUGUAAACAACCUAUCUCCAUAUCCACCGUAUCCCAGCCCCGGUCUGAACCUGCAGCCACCCAACCCUGUGCAGCAAGUCAUAACAGAUAGCCCUGCACCCAUGUAUAGACCUGGAUACGGUUAUUAUACCACUCAGGCGACUCAGCCUGGGGUCCAAGUGGUCCACAGCGGCGGGACUCAGAUGGUAAUCCAGCCCCCUAGGCAGACAAUGGUGGUCGGCGGGGCAACACACACCAUAAUCCAGCCUGCUGCUCCACCUACUAUGAUUAUCCAGCGGGCAAAUCCGACUGUUCGAGUCGUCCAGCCGCAGGUUCUGCCUACAGUGAUCCAGCGACCUGCAGCCAACACCGUGGUUUAUCGCCGUUAUUACUGAAGUCAUGCGAGUGAACCCUUCCAGGACGACACGGACGACGCUCCAGUGAAGACUCCAGCGGGAUUUUACGCCAUGUCGAAAAUUCCUCCCGUAUUCAUUAUCGAGUCCUUAAUCAGAUCGUAAAAUAAGCGCAGAGUUACGCUCGGACAUCAGCUCUCCUCGUCCACUCGGACUCCUCGUCCGUCCUCGCCGAGAUUCUUUUUCUUCUUCCCUUUUGUGUAUCCGUGGUGAUUAGAUUAGUAAAUCCUUAUGUUAUUGGUGUAUUACCACAAAACCUACAGCGCGGUACGAGCCAGGUGUGCACAAACGGUACUCGUGUAAUAAUGUAAUAAAGUAAUGAAGUCAUACGUUUUGAUGAAUAAGGGACAGCAACGAGUACCGCUGUAUAUCAGGUCGGGUAUGAGAUUAAGAUCAUCGCGAUGCGAUUCAUGGUUUCUGGGUAAGGUUUUCUCCUCGAGGUGUCAGCAGCCUUCCAAACGAGGCUUUUGGGUUGUUGUUUUUUUUCUUUUCUUUAAUGGUAUGAAACGCUCCAGAGUGAGAACGUGCACACUGCAAAGGAGGUGCAUGAUUGUAAGGGGAGGGUGGGUGUGGCGGGGGGGCAUCCAUUUCCACGAUGUUCAUUAAUCACCUAUCAAUAUAACAUCACAAUAAAAUCUGAUUAAAUCACACUUUCUCCUGUAUCAACACAAGCCUGUUCACUUACUGACUAAAGAUGCUCAUAAACCACUUUGUCAAUGUCACACACGGCUUAAGAAAGUGUCAUAAAGUCUAUUAUAAUGCAGUCUAUUAGCACUUUAUAAAUAUGUUUCCUUUUAAAUAAUCAUAGCAGUGUGUCGAACACCUUACGAAUGCAUUGUAAACGUGUUACGCAGGUACUUGUGGGUCAUGACAUCUUUGGCCUCUGUAGAAAGUGUUACAUGUGUAUUACAUGUGUAUUUUUUUUUGUUUUCCCAUCGUCUUAACCCUCGUGUUUUAUUUAGACGACGUUUACUCGCCGUCGGGUGUCGCGGAGACCUCAGUCGCUCGUGUCUGACGUUAUAAUAAACGUUCUAUUGAAUCACGAA